CUGUCACGUGACGCGGACGCCUGGCUCUUGUCACGUGACGCAGAGGCGGAGCUAGCCGAGGAAGCAGGAGAGAGGGGGAGCAGAGAGAGGAGGCCGGGGUGACCCAUGAGGUGAGGGAGGGGGGGUGCAUGGUGUCAGUGUGUGUGUGUGGGAGUAAUGUCAUAAUGCCCAUAGCAGCCAGACUGGAGAACUACAACUCCCAUGAUGCUCUGCUUCAGGCUGUCAAGGCAUCAUGGGAGUAGUAGUCCUAAAACUGCUGGUGGUUCAACCUUUGGCAUCCCUGAUCAGGAUCAGCCUGGCCCUUUAUUAGUAUGUCUGCUAUAAUGUGUAUGUACUGUAUAAAUAUACCAUGACAUUGGGUGGGGAAGGGGUUAAUAUUGUACAUACAUAUAUCUGUAUAACUGUAAUUAUAUAUAUAUAUAUAUAUAUAUAUAUAUAUAAUACAUUGUACACACAUCUGUAUAAUUGUAUUAUGUAUACAUUGUACAUACAUAUAUCUGUAUAACUUUAAAAAAAAAAUAUAUAUAUAUAUAUAUAUAUAUAUAUAUUAAUCUGUAUUAUAUAUACACAUUGUACACAUAUAUCUGUAUAAUUGUAUUAUAAAUAUAGGCACACUAUGUUAAACUGGUAGGGGUUGUAUAAUACAUGCAUAAAUAUAUACAUAUAGUUAUGUGCCCUUUGAGGUUAACCGUUAACUACCUUCUCUUUUGCUUGAAAACGAAAUUAACAAUAACAUGCCUGUGUCUUAUACUGUUAACCCUUUUCCUGAUAUUCCAUUAUACUAAUAACCAAAUAACGUCUUAUUAAUGUGCACUAUAUUCUCUCAUUAACCCUUUAUCUGCUGGCGGUUCCAGUCCUAAAAUGUAUGCACCCACUUUCUUUAAAAAUCAUAAAAUAAUACAAUCAAAUUCUUGAUUGUUAAUAAAUUGUUGGUCUGGCAUUUGUGAACUAUUACUACAAACUUAUAAUUUACAUUUUAGUGCUGUUAAGAUACGUUCAUGUGCACACCCUGGGACAUGACUUAGAGAUGUCAUAGAAGUCACAGGCAUUGCAGGGGUUAAUAGGAAAAGGGCUUAAUAGCUAACUUCUAAUUUCGUGUGUUAAUAGGUGCUCUAACAUCAGUUCAUUUUCAAUGUUGGUGCUGUCAGUGCAGCAUGUUAAGAAGUUUGCAACUUUUGUUUUUAGAAACAUUUGGUGGAAAUAAUCAACAGUGGUUGGAAUUUAAAUUGCUUGAUCCUGUCAUAGGGAAUAAAAUACAGUAAAAUAAGAAAUUAUAUAUUUUCAAUGUUUAUUUUAAUCAAAUUUUAUUCAUGAGAAGUUUUAAAGACUCACAUUUGAGUAAAAGCACAUCUUGUGCUGGAAUAUUCAGUAAUUGCAGGUAUGUGUAGAUAUGUGCUGUAAGGUUAUAUGGUCAGAUGUUAAUGGAAACGAACUGGUCCUAUUUGGAUGGUUGCGAAUAGUUAUGAUGUAUAGAGACCACAGAUAAUCUUCAGCUGUCCUAUUUAAAGCUUACUUUAUAGCACUCAUGGUGAAUUGUGUUAGAUUCUUAACUUACACUGAUCCUCCACAACAUUAAAUACACUGACAGGUAACGUGAAUAAUAUUGAUUAUAUCAUCACAAUAGCACCUGUCUCGGAGUGGAAUGUAUUAGGCAGCAAGUGAACAGUCAAUUCUUGACUCACAUGUGUUGGAAGCAGGAAGAAAUAGACAAACAAAAAGAUCUGAGUGACCUAACACUACAGUGUUCCUUUGCCUCUGCUCCCACACUCCCCCAGCCAUGAAGGGGUUAAAAAAACAGCGUCAAGGUCUCUCUGUGCUUAAUCAGGCGCCUCCGAUUUCAUCACUAGGAAUCUAGUGCACAUGCACGGCGAGCUCCUAGCGCAUUAGGUCUUCCCCAUGGGAAAGUAUUGACUCAGUGCUUUCCUAUGUGGUUUUGCAGGACUCUGGAUGUCCAGCAUCAUUUCACAGAGUUAAACGCUGGGAAACAUCAGGAAGUGCCUCUAGUGGCUGUAUGGAAGUUAGCCACCAGAAUGAGUCUUAACCAUGCAACAGGGGCACUUCACCCAGACUACUAUGAGUUGAAGUGGUCUUGGUGUCUAUAGUGUCACUUUAAUGCAGUUUGCUGUUUAGCUGCAUACCAGUCGGAGUUCACUUUGGGUCCUGGCAUUUAUGUGGAUGUUAAUUUGACCUGUACCACCUACCAAAAGAUUGUUGCAGACCUUUUAAGGCAAUGGCGUUCCCUUAUUACAGUGGCCUCUUUCAGCAGGACAAUGCACCCUGCCACACAGCAAAAUUGUUCAGGAAUGGUUUGAGACUCCAAAUUUCCCAGAUCGCUAUCCUAUUGAGCAUUUUUGGGGUGUGCUAGAACAACAAAUCUUAUCCAAGGAGGCCCCACCUCACAACUUCAAGGGUUUAAAAGUUUUGGUGCCCUAAUCAUACCACACGUUUAGAGGUCAUAUGGAGUCCAUGUCUCAACACAUCAGAGUGGUUUUGGCUGCACUAAGGGGACCUAACGAUAUUAGGCAGUUGGUUUUAAAAUGGCAUUGUCGCUGUCCGGGGACUAUGCUGAAUUUGCAAUAUCCUCAGAUGGGGACAUCGCCGCUGAGGGGUGGGCAGGUAAAAGUAAUAUUAACUUACCUUACCUUGUGGGUGCAGUCCUCUUCCUCUGGCGGGUCCUCUUCAUGCACGAGAGAACAGCACUGAGGUCUAUGGAAGAACCUGCCCUCCAAUCACAGAGCCAAAUCCCUGCAGCCGUCACUGGUCACUAGUGACGGCUGUUGGGAUUGAUACUUCUAGACGGCAGUAGCACCGCCCAGUGUCUAAAAAUGUCAGGUGUUAACAAUAUACAGAGACAAAGUAGUGCCUAGUCUCUCUCAGUAUAUCUCUUGGAUGGUUUGAAAUUUCAGUGAAAUUCCAGCACAGUCAAAAUGAGUUCUUCAUAAAGAUUCCAUCCUUAUGAAACACUAAUUUUUCAGGGGGAGGAUGACCGUGCCGCUUUUAAUGUUGUGGCUGAUCAGUGUAAGCAUUGAUUUCUAUUUAUUUAAUUUUAUUGCAGUUUGAUGCAUGUCAGACUAGUUUUGGUUUUCCAUGUUUUGUCUUAUUUGUUAUUUAUAUUAGGUUGACUUUGCCAGUGCUUUUAUUUAUAGUUUACAUCUGGACAUACAUUUACUUUGUUUUGUUUACAUAUAUCAGGCGAAAAUGUAAUAUAAGGACAAAAACACAGCAGCUAUUCCUUAAAGGGACACUAUAGGCACCCAGACCACGUCAUCUUAUUCAAAAGGUCUGGGUGCAGUGUCCCAGUCCCACUUAGUCCUGCAAUGAGAAACUGCAAUAAUUACAUUGCACGAUUAAGUGACUCUCAGUCAACUUUGUAUUCCUAGCACUUUAGUAUCCCUUUAAUUAAAUUCACUUUACUGAGGAAAUUCAUGAAAACUUCUUAAAGGAAUAUUGUCAUCAAAAUCCCCUGAGAGAAAAUGCCCCUGGUAGAACCAAUACACAAUUUUGAGAAGCAACAGAUGAUUGCAAAAUAGUACAUGUUGGAUCAGAGAGCAGACGAUCCAACCAAAGGUGCAUAAAGAAAGCUACCAGAAAGAAAGAGAGGGAAAAGUAAAUGGUAUAUUCAAAAAUGUCAGUAUAAAUCAAUAAAUAGAAUCAUGAUAUGGUAUAACAUAGAGAUUAUAUUAACGUAAUAAAUCAUGUUGUUGGCUGCAUUCCUUUAAAAUUUACACCAACCUACAAAUUUAAGUUCCAGUUGGUAUAUCAGAUAUUUGUGAAUUAAAUUUCCAUGAUGCUCAACCAGUCAAAGAUGCACAUUAAUAAAUAAAUCACGUGGUGUUUGCUAUUGCUAUCUGUGAUCUGCAUCCUGAUGUACAGAUCUUGUGUUAUUACACAAGAUACAAAAUUUACUCACAUCUACCUAAAGUGUUGUGUGUUAUGUGUAAACAUUGAACAGUGUUGCAGCAUGACUCGAAUUUCAAAUCUAUGCUACAAGACAGGACUGACAUUAUUUAGUCAUUCAGACGCCCUGUCCCAGGGAGCCUUACAGGAAUUUUUGUUGGCUCUGCUGAGCUAAGUCUAGCUGUGCAGAAUUGGAUGAGAGCGUCAAAGGAGCUUGGUGCACGGGGCGUCCGGGGGCACUGGAGAAUAGUCUGUCAGAAUUGUGCAGUUCUGCUAAUAGGUAAUGGACACUAUUCUAAAUGAUACAUGCAAAAUUUAAAAAACGGUUUGUAGUGUGGUAUACUGUUAAGAUGUAAUAAUGUAAACUGUGUUUGCGUAAACAUUCUUUCUCUAGAAAAUAGGUCAUAGGUGGAGAGCAAAGAUGAGUCAGUGGUUACAUAUUAACAAUUGAAUUUCGGACACAAAACUUAACACAUUGACUCUAGCAUUAAAUUAGGAUUCUAAAACGUUUCUGUGCGUUAAUGGUAUUUUAUAUUCGCAUGAAGGGUUGGUGUGUUUGCACCUCUUUCUUACUCUCCCUGUCCCUAGCCCAUUUCUUGAUGAUCUCAAUAAUCCCCUUACUAUGCAAUGCCCGUGCAGUGCCCUCCCUAUAUCAGUAGCCCACCUUUUCUCCAUGCUACAGGUCCCACACCUUUCCCGUCAAUAUGUGUCCUAAACCAGUUUACUUACAUUGUUAGUGGAGAAGACCUCAUCCCUAUAAUCUAGUAUUUUGAGACCGCUAUAUAUCAGUUCUGUAAAGCACAGCUGCCCCUACUGUAUUGAUACAGGACGCUGGCAUUUGAUGUCACACAUCAUUAUUGUGCAAGCCACACUUUUUAGAAGAAGCUGAUCCAUGUAUCUGCACAAGUGCCCUCAAUCACGCUGUCAGAUGCUCUGGUCAUGUGAUAUGUGGCUGCAGAUAGAGUACUUGAUGGGGUGAGUGGAAAUUGUCUUAUGUAUAGAAAAGGAAUAAGUAAAAAUAAAAAAUGCAAUUCUUGCUACAAAAUGUUGUCACGGAGAGUAUCAGCUGAUACUGGUGGGAUGUGAGGUGCAUAGUAUGGACAUUUCAUACUGAUAUUAGUCUUGGUAUUCCAAGCUUGGCUUAUUGUGUUUCUUAUAUAUGUCAUCUGAUAAGAUUAUGUAUAAAAUUGCGGAUAUCUGUAGCUGCAUUGGUGAGAUGUCCUUGUACAGCUCAGGAAAUGGUUAGGAGAGACUUGUGAUUUGUUAAAGUAAAGCUGUCAUCAUUUUUAUUAUUGUUGCAAAUAAAGGUUUAUCUGCAUUAUUUUGUAAUUUUAGUCAUCUCCUAGAUAGCUUAUUAUCCUUACUCUGUGGGGACACUCAUCUGCAGUCUAUUUUGGUUAGAAGCACCAUUUAUCUGCUAAGACCAUACACGAUCUGAUGCUCUGAAACCAUCCCAGCAUGUAUUUUGAGAUGGCUCUAUGUUUUUUUUAUAAAUUCUUUAUUUAUAUAUAACAUAUGUGAGGUUACAGAACAAAGAGAGGGCUUAGAGGGGGUACCAUCAUACACAACAAAAACCACAGAGAUUUGCAAUUAGUACAUUUGUAUAUCAAUGAGCAUAAAGUUUAUGGGAUCUCGUGGGAUGUGCAUUCUCGUACCUUCACGUGUAUGAGAGAUGUUCCUCCUGUUCUGAGUGUGUGUGGCUAUGUGUGCAUUUGUCUUGUUUGUCUGGGGAGGGAAUAGGAGGAAUGGGGGGGGAGCGGUGACGAUGGUGGGGCGUACGCAGGCAGGAGGGGUACGGGGCUAGUGGGGUGGGAAGUGGUCGAUUGGCGUGUGUUUAUGCCCACGCUCGUGGUCUCCGUGGGUCGUCUUGCUGCUCCCCGUGCAGUCCCCUCCCUGCCCUGCGUCCCGUGUGGGGAGACAGGACCAGGAAUGGGACUCUCGAGAGAUGCCUUGUGUUGUCGGCGUUUGACUAGUCAUUGCAUUGUGAGUGCUAUUGGCUGUGGUGGGGGUGUGUUGCCCUAUGGGCUCUCUGGAGCACCCGAGCGUGGUUGAUGGUGUGUGGGCGGAAUGAGGAGGGGGGAGGUGGUCUCGGGGGAGGAUGUGGGUCCCGCCGUGUUAGUCUGUGCUGGGCAGACGGUGGUGACUGUGGUGUGCCUCCAUUUCUUAGGAUGGAGAAAGGGGCCUUGUGGGGAUAGAUGCCCUCUCUAUCCACGCUUGCAGGGCCCCGAUGGGGUGCGGGGGGGAGGGUCGGGGUAGGAAGGGAGAGAGAGAGAGGGAAUGGGGGGAAAGAGGAGAAAAAAAAAAGGGGAGGGGGGGUGCAUUCUGGCUUCCGUCCCAUGUUGAGCAGAUCCCGUUCAGGGUUCCAGUAGCAUUGCGCCUGUGUGGUAGGCCUUCUGUGCGAGGUAUCAUUGAGGGGGCGCUAUCCUCAGUCCGGGGUGUCCGUUCUUAGGCUGGCCUCCAGCAAUUUGGUGUGGUUCGCAUCCCAGGGAUCCCAUAUACGAUGGAAUGAUUUGUACGUAUCAUUAAUCUGUGCUGUCAACUCGUCUAGGUCACGGGUCUCUUUAAUUUUGCUGAUGAUCGUAGAGAUGUGGGGUGUUCUCUGGUCAGCCCAUAGUUCUGCUAUUGCCCUUCGGGCUGCUAGAUUGAUUCGGGCGGUUAGUUUGUUUUCACUCCUCGUGAGGGAGUCUAGUGGUUUGCUGAGUAGCAUGGUCCACGGUUGCACGGCCACUGGCUUCUCUAUGAUCGUUUCUAUGAGGGUGCUAACCUCUUCCCAUAGUGGUUUGAUUUUGGGGCAUGUCCACCAGCAGUGUAGGUAGCGGCCUGCUUCGCCGCAUAGGUUCCAGCACCCGUCGUCUGGUUUCUGGCCCAUCUUGUGGAGUCUGUGUGGAGUCAGGUACCAGCGGAGCAUUGUUUUGUAUGCCUGCUCUUUGUGCGUGACGCAUACGGUAAGGGAAUUUAGUGUUUCCCAUAUGGCGGCCCAAUCGGUCGGGUCCUCCGGCGCUCCCAGAUCUCUUUCCCACGCGGCAAUAUAGGUUAGGUUAACCUGGGAAAUGUGGGUGGUCAAUGUCGUGUAGUUGGCGGAGAUUUGGCCUGGUUGCAGGGGGGCCGCUAGGCAUUGUUUUUCGUAUGCUGUCAGCGGUGAGGUACCUGCUUGUUUGAUUAGUGGUUGUUGCGCUAGGCCUCGGAGUUGUAUAUAGCGAAAAUGAUCAGCUGUGGUCAGAGCCCCCGCGUUUGGGAGUUCGUUGUAUUUAAAGAUUUCACCUUGCUGGUACUAGUGGCCGAGUCGGGAGAUAUCUCGGUGGUCGAACGCUAGAAAAUGCCUUGCUGUCAUUCCGGGAGGGAAGAGUUUGUUACGAUAGAUCGGGGUCAUUGGGGAGAGAAAGGAGGACAGGUCGUAUUUAGUAUUGAGUUUAUCCCAGAGUGCGAUGGUAUGUGUGAUUGCCGGAGAGGUGGGUGGGGGGAGUGGGCGGUGUAUCCGUGGUACCCAGAUGUAUGAGGAGGGCUGAUCCCAGCCCAGAAUAUCAUGUUCUAGGUCUACCCAGCGUUUACUGCCGGGGGGGGCAUGCCAUUGUUGGAUAUGGGCCAAUUGGGCCGCAUGGUAGUAAUGUUUGAAGUUGGGUAGUCCCAGCCCCCCUCUCAGUCUAGGGACGUACAUUGUUGUUCUACGGAUCCUGGGUUUCUUGGCUUUCCAUAUGAAUUUGUCUAUGGCCGUCUGGAGACGCUUGAAAUCCGAGUUUAGUAGCGGGAUGGGUAGUGUCUGGAAAAGGUAAAGAAAUCUCGGCAGGAGGUUCAUUUUGAUUUUGCUCUGUUUUUUUUAGCUACCUGCCUGCUCCCAUUAUUCAGUGUGGUAGGCAUGGUGCUAAUUUUUAUCCUAUAGAUUUUUAUUAUAUUUAUUUCUAUUGAUUAUCCCUAUGUUUCCACUCUUUUUUAUUCUUCCUUUCUUUCUUCUUUUUAUUUAUUUUUUAUUAUUUUUUAUUAUUUCUUUUCACUUAUUUAUUUUUCAGCCGGUCAUAGCCCGCCCACUUCUGUGUUUCCAUGACGACGGCUGCAGCAUUGUGCUAGCCGUCGUCUUCCUACUUCCUGAUGGCGGCCACUGCCGAGUGCGUGCCGCCGUCAUCAGGAUGCCCGCCCCGCCAUUCGACGUCAGCCGCACCAUGUGCGUGCUGACGCCGAUUUUCCUCGCCCACUGGCGUCUGGCCGCACCUUCUAUGCGUACAGACGCCAGUUGUCAGUCCCCCUAUAUGACGCCGGCGGCUGCGCAGUGCCGGCCGGCGUCAUACUACAUAUCCCAUCACCCACUUCGGUUCUAAUGCCGGUCAUGUGACCGAGCAUCAUAUAAUACAUUUUAUCAAAUAAGGAUCGUUUUUAAUGUUCAAUCACAUAUCUUGAAUAUUUAUCCCUAAGUCUACACUUAUGUACUUCCAUUUCAUUAUUUUAAUUUUGUCCUAUUAUAUGCCGGUCAUGUGACCGUGCACUACAUAAUAUAUUUUAUCAAAUAAGGAUCUUUUUUAAUGUUCAACCAUAUAUCUAGAAUAUUUAUUCCUAUGUCUAUAUGUAUGUACCUCUUUUUUAUUGUUUUAAUUGUGUUUUAUUAUAUGUAUUUUCAACUUGCAAUCUGAUUGGCUGUCCUAAUUUUGGCGCCAUUUUUGAAUUGUUUGUACAUGCUAUUUAAACGAUCCACUGCCAGGUAUCAGGUUCUUUACCCAUAUUGAUAACGCCGAUUGGCGAAACGCGUUUAUGGUUUUUUUAUAUUGUGUAUUAUUAUAAUUAAAGUAUAUUUGGUAACCUUUUAUUGUACCACCUAUCCUUUUAUACACAUAUAUUUAUUCUCAUUACCUGGCACCAUUCGUUGGACUCCAAGCAAUCCUAGGUGGGGAUUAUUCCACCAGCGUGAUAUAUCAGGAGCAGUUGACCUGCUCCUGUCUUGUGAGUAUCCACUUUUAUUUAAUUUUAUAUUUUAUUCCAAGUUUUACGCAGAGAGCACUAUUAGUUGUCUCUUUUUAUCUGAGUAUCUCCCACACCACGGAAGGAGGAGGUACGUGAAGGACAAGCAUUCUAUAUCCCACAAGCGGGGAUCUAAACCGCUGUACGCCCGUUACACCAGAGCAGGUUCUAGCUCUUGGAAAUGUGAGUUUACAUUCAAGUUUUAUAUUUUAAUUUCCGUUUUAUCAAGAUAUAUUACACCAUUUGGGUUCUGUAUUUGUUUUCAUCUCUUACAUACGAGACGGCCCAUAAGGAAGAUAGAAAACAAGAUUACUGUUCCGGAUCAAAUACUACGGACAUUGCCAGAUAAGAUCUUCUUCCCCUUUUUUUUUAUUCAUCCAUUUUUAUCUGGACUCUUAACACUUUUUAAGUAUUUUUUAAGCGCAGCCCUUUCUCUGUAUUCUCAUUUUGAUUGUGGUGAUUCGCCCCAUCCAAGAGAUUCCCAGUUUGUCCCAUCGUUGGAGGUCUGCGUAUGCUGUUUUGAGGAGUGGCGUGUAGUUGAUUCCGUAUGUGUCUCCAAGGUCCGAGGAUAGCUUGGUGCCUAGGUAGGUAAUGAAGGACUUGGUGACGCGAAACGGGAAGGAGUGGUGGAGCAGUUGCAACUGUGGGUCUGAUAGAGCUAUGGGCAUUAAAGUAGAUUUGGUUAGAUUGAUUUUGUAUCCUGAGAGGGUAGAGUAUUCGCUUAUGAGGUGCAGUAUUGCAUGUAGAGAGGAUAUGGGAUCUGUUAGAGUGAGAAGAACAUCAUCAGCGUACGCUGCCACUGUGUACGCUUCCUGUCUUAUCUGCACUCCCCGAAUGCUGGGGUGGAGGCGGAUAGCUUGGAGCAGGGGUUCCAGUGCAAUUGCAAAGAGGAGGGGGGAAAGGGGACAGCCCUGCCUGGUCCCAUUGGCGAUGGUGAAGGUUUGGGCAUUGACGUGCGGGAGUAGAAGAGUUCCCGUGGGACGAUUGUAGACCGCCCGCAAGAUGUUCAAGAAGCCUGGCGGAAAUUGUAGAUGUGUGAGUACUCCGUACAUGAAUGGCCAGAGAAGGCGAUCGAACGCCUUCUCCGCAUCCAACGAGAGCACCACUGACGGGAUGUUGCGAUGUUUGGUGUACCAGAUCGUAUCGAAGGCUCUUCUGGUGUUAUCCGCCGCCUGCCGCGUGGGGAUAAAUCCGACCUGAUCUGGAUGAAUCAGUGUGGGAAGGUACGGAUUAAGGCGGUUGGCCAGUACUUUCGUGAGUAUUUUCAAGUCGAUGUUUAAUAGGGAAAUUGGGCGAUAGUGCCCUGGGUCUAGGUGUUCUUUCCCAGGUUUGGGUAGAAGGCAGAUAUCAGCCGCCAGCAUGUCCGGGGGGAGUGGGUGGCCUUCCAGCGCUGCGUUGAAGACUUUGCAUAAUUGUGGUAUAAGGAUCGUUUGGAAUGUCUUAUAGUAGAUGGCUGUAAAGCCGUCGGGUCCUGGGCUUUUCCUGGGUUUCAGCGUCUUGAGGACCGCGGCGAUCUCUUCGAGAUGGCUCUAUGUUUGCUCAUAAUUUUAGGAUUUGUGAAUGUACACUGGCUUUUGAUUGUGAUUUUGGUUGGAUAAACUGAGCUUCCAACCAGAGAAGACCAAAAAUAGCUACUCUCCAUAAAGCAGGGUAAAUCAAGAACUGCACAAGAAGCAACCUCUAGGACAGGGGAUGGCAACUUUCGGCACUCCAGAUGUUGUGGACUACAUCCUCCUAAUGCUCUUACACCAAUAAUGCUGACAAAGCAUCAUGGGUGGUGUAGUCCAAAACUUCUAGAGUGCCACAAAUGUUCUUUUUCCUUAAAGGGACACUAUAGUCACCAGAACCAAUACAGGUUAUUGAAUUUGUUCUGGUUAGUAGAAUCAUUACCUUUUUGCUGUAAAUACUGUCUUUUUACCUAGUGAUAACUUCACUGGCCACUAUAAAACUAUUCAUUUAAAAAAAAAAUAUAUAUAUUUUAAGUUUAAAAAAAAUAAUGCCCCUCCUCCAUUUUACACACACACUCUCUGCAUUAUAUAUACAUACACACACACACUCUGCAUUCAUUAUAAACACACUACACAAACACACUGCAUUCACUUUACACACACACUACACAAACACGCUCCGCAUUCAUUAUAUAGACACUGCACAGUCACACUCACUGCAUUCACUACACACACACUACACAAACACUGCAUUCACUAAUCAAAUAUUCUCACUGCAUCCAUUACACACACACACACAUUCUUGAAAACAUAACAAAUUCUGACUGGCAUGUAUAUUUUGUUAAUUUACCUUAAUAUAAAACAAUUGGCAAAAAAAAUAAGUAAUAAACAUGUUCAGUUAACAGUAGAUUUGUGUACAGAAUAUCGGUAAGAUAACGGCCUGAAAGUUCAGAUUAUCGGUAUCAGCUCUAAAAAAAAAAAAUCUAUAUCGGUCGAUCCCUACAGUUUACUCUGCAUAUCAUUGCACCCUGAUUAAAGGACCCCUAUAGGGUCAGGAACACAAACAUGUAUUCCUGACCCUAUAGUGUUUAACCCACCAUUUAGAUGGCUUUCCCCCUAUAAACGUUUAAAAUUCACCUUAUUUACAAUGUCGCGCGGGUCUGCCGGCACUGGCUCCGCCCCCUUUUUGACAUCACCAAAAUGGCUAAAAUCAGCAAGGGGGCAGGGCCAAAUGCUGUUUUGGCCAAUCAGAGGCGUGGGGAUGCUGAACGGCAGGGCUGUCUACUGAACAGCCCUGAGCCAGGAAACCCCUCCAGUGGCCAUCUAAGGAGUGGCCACUUGGAGUUGUCCAUAGGGGCAAUGUAAACACUGCCUUUCAUCUGAAAAGGCAGUGUUUACAUGAAAGUGCCUGAAGGGAGCUAUUAUACUCACCAGAACAACUACAUUAAGCUGUAGUUGUUCUGGUGACUCUAGUGUCCCUUUAAAGUAUUCCUAAUCCAAUGAUUCACAUAAAGGAGCGUACUGGAUGAACACAGUAUCUAUCAUCUGCAUACUUUACUUGCUGAUGCCAGACGUCAAAUAAAUUCAGUAAUCAAUCUAUUCCAGUCUGGAGCCCCUAUCUGACUGCCAACAGCAGUCGUGCUGACGAUUUUAAUCUGUUUCCUUUCUCUGUAACUGCACUAUUUACAACAGCUAGGCUGCAGGGACAGCAUCUGAUCCCCAAACUCACUACAUUAAAAUUAGACUAUCCCUCCAACUUGUAUGUCAGACAACAAGCCGUUAUAGUAUUACUCUGGGCUUUAGUGAAAGGAAUAACUGACCUUCUCCUGAACACAGUGACAUUAUUAACAUUUUACUUGUCAUUGGUUUCAUAGUGCAUUUUUCCUUUCCUGGUGACCUAGAGGCACUAUAGGCUGCAAUUCACCCCCAUUCUUUAAUACAUUUUAUAGAAUCUAUUCCAGCUUUAUGUAGAUAUGUGCAAACAUAAAGUUUCUAAAAAAAAAAUAAAAUAAAAAAAUACCAUCACAGUCCCCGCUGUUUGUGCAAAGCAAGCAGAAAUAACAAGUAGACCCGUCAAAGACCAGCAAGACACUUCAACAAUCAGGAGACGCUCAAUGGGGUUAUGUUCUGGUGACUUAUAUCAACAAGGCAGAAUUUUAUGGGAUAUGUUGUUAACCAAAAACAGUUGCACUCAUCAAAUCUGAUGUACACAUUUUUUAUCUUUACUAUAUCCUAUAUUUCUAUAAGGAUGUCUCAAAGGGGCAGUGUGGGCAUCAUAACUACCACUGUACGCUUAUAUUUAAGGAAUCCAAGGUGCCCAUUAUAUAUGGGUUUUUGUAUAUGUCUACAAGACAACUUGGAAAAAUAGUCUUCUGCAGUUAUGAUACUUCUAGUAUUAUGGCCUUUGAUCCACUUAACGUGGGUUGUCCCUAGAUUCUAUAUACGCCAAAUAACUUAAAAUUCUGAUUCUAUGCUUAUUAAGGGUGUGGUGACCCAAAACCAUUUGUAAAUAGGGAUGGCAGGUGCAAUAAACAUCAAUGAAGUACAAUUAUUACCCUUUAAAUCUCGUCAGUGCCAUACAUUAUACCGUGCAAUUAUCCAAAAAGAAUUACAUUCUUGAGCAAUAUAAUAUUGUAUUGAUUUUAAUAUUUUAUGCUUUACAAGUGUAUCUCUAACAUGUUCUGUGUAUUCACUCAUUGAACUUCGAAUCAAAAACUGUCAGAGAAAGCAAUCUUUACAUUUUUCAGGUAAUUUUUAUUUUUUAUUUUUUUUGGAUACAAAUAUUCCUUGCAAAAAGGUGACAAGACAUUAUGGCAUGAUAUGUCUAUGUAAAAUAUUGCAUACUUAAAUAGAAUUUUUAUUAAUUUAUCUAUUAUUAUUUGUUAUUUAUUUGUUUCAAAUUGUAGUAGUUUUUGUUCAGGAUGUAAAUUCCAGAUAGAAAAAUGUGGAACGAAAAAUAAAAAGAGGAAAUGAGGAUUUGUUUACAUAGUCGACUUUGCCCUGUCCCAUUCAAAUUCUGUUAAGCACCUUCCUCUGCAACAGUCAGGAUAUUCUCAUAUCUUUGGCUUUGAGGCCACAUUUAAAGAACAUGCUGUGUGUUUGUGUUUUGUAGCAAACGGGUAUCAAAACAUUGUUUUGUAAGAUAUAGGGGAAUAAAAUCCAUCUUUUGGUCUUGAUCAACCCAGUGCCAAAUGGCAGUAAUUGUUAGCAAACUAAUGAGUGGAGUAUUGAAGGGGAUGGUAAACUUUUUUUACUGGGCAUAUUUGUGAGCAGAAUUGCCCACUUUAAACCUUUUCUGCAGAGAUCCAUUCUUCCAUGUGUGUACUAUAAUAAAAGUUAAUUCUGUAAAGACUUAUUUUUUUUCCAGUGUCAGAGGGGUCUCAGUUGUAUAUUGGGAGAAAGUUGAAAAAAAAUCUUGAUAGAAAAUAUUGAAGAAAUGUAUAUUAUGUUGUUAUUUAUAUAGCGCCAACAAAUUCCGCAGCGCUUUACAGUGGGUGGACGAACAAACAUGUAGUUGUAACCAGACAAGUUUGACGCACAGAAGCAGAGGGGUUGAGGGCCCUGCUCAAUGAGCUUACAUGCUAGAGGGAGUGGGGUAAAGUGACACAAAAGGUAAGGAUAGUAUUAGACUAAUGACCGUUACAAGAGAGGAAUCAGUCAGGAGCUAUUAACAGUUUAAUACGCUUUUAUGAAGAAGUGGGUUUUUAAUCAUUUUUUUGAAGGAGUGGAGACUGGGUGAGCAUCUAAUGGAGGAGGGAAGUGAGUUCCACUGGAACGGUGCAGCCCUCGAGAAGUCUUGAAGGCGAGCAUCAGAGUUGGGAGUACAGACAGAAGAUAGACGUAAGUCUUCAGCAGAGCGUAAGGGCCCAGACGGGACGUACUUGUUUUUUAGGGAGGAUAGAUAGGUGGGAGCAGCAAUAUGUAGAGAUUUGUAAGUAAGAACCAGAAUUUUAAAUUGAGCCCUAUAUCUUACAGGAAGCCAAUGUAGUGACUGACAGAAGGUUGAGGCGUGGGAGGUGUGGGCGGACAGGAAGAUGAGCCUUGCUGCCGCAUUCAUUAUGGACUGUAACGACGCAAGUUGGGAGCACGUAAGACCACUGCAAAGCGGAUUACAGUAGUCAAGGCGAGAAAGGACAGUGGAAUGGACCAGUAACUUAGUUGCAUCUGGCGUCAAGUAGGGUCGGAUGCGCGCAAUGUUUUUGAGAUGGAAGCGACAGAAUUUUGUGAUAGAUGGAACAUGUGUGAAGAAGAGGUCGGAGCGAGUCUGCGUGGUGGAGCUGAUGGUAGAACCGUUGACUUGGAGGUAGACAGACACAGGAGUAGAAACACUUGAGGGAGGAAAUACCAGAAUUUGUUUUGGACAAGUUGAGUUUAACCCCUUAAGGACACAUGACAUGUGACAUGUCAUGAUUCCCUUUUAUUCCAGAAGUUUGGUCCUUAAGGGGUUAAGGAAGUGGGCAGCCAUCCAGUCAGAAAUAGCAGAGCGGCAGUCUGAGACACUAGUCAAGAAGGAUGAGGAGAGAUCAGGAGAGGACAGAUUUGCGUGUCAUCCGCAUAGAAAUUAUAUUGGAAGCCAAAGGAGCUAAUGAGUUUAGCAAGGGAGGCAGCAUAGAUGGAGAACAGUGGGGGCCAAGGACUGAACCUUGGGGGACACCAACAGAGAGGAGUUGGGGAGAAGAAGCAGAACCAGAGAAAGAAACACUGAAAGAGUGCUGGGAGAGGUAGGAGGAGCACCAGCAGAGGGCAAUAUCUUGUAGACCGAUAUUGCAGAGAAUGAGAAGAAGCUGUUGAUGAUCAACAGUGUCAAAAGCCGCAGAAAGGUUAAGGAGAAUUAGGAUAGAGUACUGACCACAAGAUUUUGCAGCGAGUAGAUAAUUGGAUACUUUGGUCAGUGCCGUUUCCACUGAGUGCUUAGCGCGGAAUCCAGACUGAAGCGGGUCUAGCAGAGAGUUGGACUUGAGGAAGUCUGUCAAUCUCGCAUACACAACUCUUUCAAGGAUCUUGGAUGCAAAAGGCAGUAGCGAGAUAGGACGCUAGUUGGACGGGGAGUUAGGGUCAAGGUUGGGCUUCUUUAGAAUUGGUAUUACAGUUGCAUGUUUGAAGGGCGAUAGAAAUAUGCCAGAGGAGAGCGAGAGAUUGAGAAUUUUAGUGAGAGGUAGAGAAAGAGAAGAAUGGAUGAGAUGCGAGGGACUUUGAUCUAGGGAGCAGGUGGUGGGACGGGAGGAUUGGAGCAGAAACCUCUUCCGCUGUAACGGGUGUGAAUGAAUAUAGAACAGCAGAGGGAGUGAGGUUAGGGGUAGUAUUGUAAGGAGAAGAAUAAAGAUGAGUUCUCUUCCCUGACUGUAGAGAUCUUGUCAGUGAAGUGAGUUGCAAAGUCUGAGGCGGUCAAGUUAGUAGGUAGAGGAGGGACAAUAGGGCGAAGAAGAUAGUUAAAUGUGUGAAAUAGUCGUUUGGGUUGGUGGGAGAGUGUCGUUAUGAGGGUAUUAAAGUAAUUUACUUUUGCAGAGGAAUAAGCCAAGCUGUAUGAGCGCAGCAUAAAUUUAUACUGGAGAAAGUCAGACGCACAGUGAGAUUUUCUCCAACAGCGUUCAGCAGCUCUGAAGCAUUUUUGGAGGUAUCAGGUCAGCUUGGUGUUCCAAGGUUGUUGUUGGUGGCGCUUGCUGCAUUUAAAUGUGGGAGGUGCCAUGAUGUCUAGUUGAGAGGAGAGGGUGGAAUUGUAGAAGGAGGUUGCAGAGCUAGGACAGGUGAGGUUUGAGAUAGGUAAAAGGAGAGUUGGAGAUAUCAACCAUUCUUAACUUUCUUCAUCUUUUAUCCUCCUAGAAGAUCCUUCUUUAAACGUAUAAAUCAAUAUAUAUGGAAUUCUGUGAAAAUAUAGGCCUAUUUGUGAAUCAUUUAAUAUAUUUUACAUAUGUUUGGUUUUCUGAUAUCAUUUUAUAUAUUUAGCUUUUUAUUUUUUGUGGUUUUCUUUAGGUGCAAAAGAAAAAGAUUUGUGACUCCAUUAGAAGAUGGAUAAUUAUUUUAAAGCAGCGGUUGUGGACUUGGAUAAGCUUCUAGAUGAUUUUGAGCAGAACACAGGUAGAGUAUAUUUGAAUUGUAAUCUAUUUAUUGAAAUAUCAAUGAUUAAGCAUGACAGGAAUCUUUUUAUAACCAUGCAAAACAAAGUACUUUUUUAUAUAAAACUCGAAAUAAAUCAUUUCAAAAUAAAGGGGUGUGGGGGCAACUAGGUGGGAGGAAUCUGAUGCAGUCCAACAUUAAAAAAUAAAUUACCAAUCUACUUUAACCCCUUAAGGUUGGAAGCAGUUGUCCAAGUCUGGAACCAAAACAAAACCUAGAAUCUGAGCUAUAUAUCUGUUCGACCAUAAUUGGCAUCUUUCCUAUUAAGGGUACCCAAAGAAAAUGUGGCUUUCAUUUCACAUAAAAUAUUUAUAUGUGGAAAACUAAUUUGAAUAAAAUCUGAAAAAUAAAAAAAGAUUGUGAAAUAAAAUUUUGUUUUCCAAGUACUGCAUGGCAUUUUAACUGUGAUGGUCAUAAUACUGUUAGAUUUUAGUGCAAUAAAACACACAUUUGCUGUGAUGUCCCACGACUACAACGAUGCCACCCAUGUAAAGGUUUCGUGGUGUUUUGGAAAGUUACAGAGUCGAAUAUGGGGCUUGCCCAUUUCAGAUUUUAUGCAUUGAAAUUUGACAGAUUUGCUGGGCCUAUGUUGUAUUUGAGACCUUAUGGCAGCCUAGGAAUGAAAAUUACCCUCUUCAUGACAUACCAUUUGCUAAAGUAGACAACCCAGGGUAUUAAAAAUGGGGUAUGGCCAGUCUUUUAUAGUAGCCACUUAAUCACAAACCCUGGUAAAAGUAAGUGUUAAUAUUUUUUUUUUUUUUUUUUUAAUUUUUCACACAAAAACAGCCCUUUUAUCUAUAUCAUCAUCAUUAUACAUUACUUCUCUAAAGCACUCCUAUUUGUGUUCUGCAAUGUGUCACAAGUACAAAAGUACUUUAUACAUGGAUUCCUUGGAGUAUGUGUCUGCUGUAUACAACAACUUUGAAACACAACUCAGGAAGAGGAGCAAAGCCACACGUUCAGAUGUGUCAUUACACUCACCCAUCAUUAAAGCCCAUGUUUACAUUUUGUGUCUUGCCCUUUGUUCUCCCCAUAGUGUGUGGUGUCUGACUGGGUGUUGUGUAUGAUGUCUGUUGGUUGAGUGUAAUUCAUGUGUGUGAUCUGUGCUGGCCGUAUGUAAUGUGUGUUGUGUGGGCUGGCUGUAUGUAUUGUGUGUGGUGCUCUGCCCCUUCCUCCUGCUGUUUGGCAUUUACAGUGGAUCUUCUUCUUAGAUAUGUCAAUGAGUUAGAGUGCAUGCUGGGAAUCCUGCCGGCUAGAGUCUCAAAGGUCUGCACCCGGCCCCCUACUCAAUUAUCAGCCAGCAAAGGUAACAAAAAAAACCUUGCCCAAGUCAUUGGGCAAUACAGUCAGAAAAUAGUUUUAAGUCGAGGAUUAUUUAACAAACAAUCUCUUAAACAUGAGGGUGUGCUGCCCUUUUAGCCAAAUUGUUUCCCGCAACAUAAAAUAAUAUAAAUGGAAAGGUCUACUCCUCUCAGGAGGCUGCCAGUGGUUUCCUUCGGUACUGGCAACUACACCAGCUACUAUUCUGGCUUCCAGUGAAAUCAAAGCAAGUAAUAUUGGCACAGAAGAGUUUUUCACCAAAGGUUUGCUGUCACUGACAUACUCUCUGGGCUCCAUCCAUACCCUCCACAUGCAGCCUGGUUCUGAGACCCUCCACUGCUCUCUGUGCUGCUUCUGGGUUAAAGGGACACUCCAGAUCCCUAAAGUGCUUUAUGCGUAAAGAGGUUGUCCUCUUUUUUUUAAAAUGAAAAAAAAAAAGUGCAGAUUUCAAUAGAAACUGGCACUUUUAUUAAUUAACCUGGUUACACGCACUUGGCUUUUAAGUAGACAACCGUUACUUGUCCUUUUUACUUGCUAGUUUGUUUAGCUCUGUGAAGUUAAACUCAAGAGGCAGCAAUUGCCCAGAGCACCUGCCUUGCAAAGACUUCUCAUUGAGCUACAUUGGGAAGUCUGUUAUUGGACAGCCACAUAACAACUGUGCAGAGUUUGAAGGGAAGGGCUUAUAAAGGUUGUAGACGAGAGCGGCAGGCUUUGUAAGCAGUUUUUAGAUACACCGUCAAUGAAAAAAAUACUUAAAUGCAUGCAUGUUUUCAGUGGGAUUCAUCUACUAAGCAGUGAUUUUAAUUUAUUUUGUAUUUAGGCUGCUAAAUAUUCCUUUAAUUAGCCAGCAACAGGUAGUCUGUCUGAACUAGAAAGUAUUUAAACCCUUUAUUCACAGGGAAAGUCUGCCCUUUGUAAUCUGACUGAUAUACACACGGUCCCGACUCUGUCACAGUAGAAUAUUUGAGAAAAAUAAAUGUAAUAAAUAUAUAUAGUUUUAUAUUCUCUCUCUCUCUCUCUCUCUCUCUCUCUCUCUCUCUCUCUCUCUCUCUCUCUCUCUCUCUCUCGUUAGUUACAUUAUAUGAUCAUACAUUGCAUAAGCCUGUCACGAUGCAAAUGUACCCCAUUUUUGGUAAACUAAUGCCUGCUCUUAUGAGAUUAAUCCACUUACUUGGAAACGCCUUCUUCUUGGGGCUCUCUGCAGUACAAGGUUAAAUAGGGCCCUUAAAUGAGGUACGUGCAAAAGCAGCAACAUAAUAAUUUAUGAUUGUUUGGGUGACUGUAGCCCUCUUGGUUUCAUAUAUUUUUAUAUAUAAAAAGUAAGAGAAUGAUUAUAUAUCUUAAGAUUUUUGCUUGUUACUCACAGAUGAGUUGGAAACCUGCCCAUCAUCUUUAGCUUCUCUCAACCCAAACCCUCACGUGGUCUCAUCGGGUGACUUUUACCUGCAACCAGACUUUCCUGCUCCUCUGAAAUUAUCCAGUGAUGAUAACAGUCCUCAGCAGUCAUGUUUGUCCCAUGUUAGCUCUACGGGCAAGGAGAUAGAUGUGACCACGUUAAAUCCGGAAAAGAAUGUAGCUGGCCUAGAUCUUCUAUCUUCUGUGGAUGGAGGAAUAUCAAAUGAAGAUGCAGUGAGCGCGGGGAGGACUGGUGUUCCUGUUUGUGAUCUUAUUAGUGACACCGGCAGCUUAAUACAUGUGGGAAGUAACCGUGAGUCCUUUAUGCCUGAUUCCUCCCAUUUGGUUGGAAAUUUUGUUUCUGAACUUGAGUCACUUGAUGAACCUGGACUUCCAACACUGCCAACUGUAGAACCGUACACGUCUUCAAACCUCUGUGAAUUAAAGCAAGAGUGUGUAACUCUUGGAGAUUCUGAUUUGUUAUCCGAGAAUGAUUUUGUAUUUACAGGUGGACAUCCAGAAGAUGAAGGGAUAAAUAGUCAAGCAGUACUGUGUCUCAAUGAUGAGUGCUAUCAAGAUAAAGAAGCUUCCAUUAGUUCAUCAAGCACUGAUACCUUAAGCAGUUCAAAUACAUCAAGUACUGAUGGAUAUGUAAGUGAGGAUCUCCCAUAUGAUACAUUGAAUCAAGACAUUGCAUGCAUGGUAUCAAAAGAAGGUGAAAAUAUUGACAAGCCAUCUUCUGAAAACACAGAAAUGUUAGCAAUGUCGUGUCCGGAAUAUACUGGUGGGGCUUCUACACUGGGUAUAGGUGAAGAAGGAAAAGCUGUAGAUGACAGUGAUUCAGAUUGUUGCAAAGAAGAAUACUCUUUAGAAACUGAAAAGCCAUUGUGUGAAAAUUUUGACACCUCAGAGAAUGCAAAUGAGAUGACAAAUCUUUUUGCAGAAUCUUCAAAAUUUGAAGACCGUAAACAAACUGAAUAUUCCAUGCCAAAGGAUGAUUUGACGUUCAAUGCCAUGGAAUCUUCAGGUACUGAAGGAUCUAGAAUAUAUGUACAGGAAGUUGAUAACAUGAAUGAAGAUAGCCAUAGAAUAACUUUAGCACAUGUUGAAAACUUGCCAUUGACCGUAAGUAGCAAUGAACAAGAGAAAGAUGAAUUUUUGCAAGAUGUAUUUCUGACCACUGUUGCGACUGAAAAUUCUGAAGUGAGCCAAAAUACGUCUGAUUAUGUAGAGAAAAAUAAUCCAGAACAUCAGGCAACACACAUAUUGCCUGUUGUUGAAAAGUAUAAUGUUGAUUCAAGUGACCCAACCCUUAAAAAUAUUAAUAGCACUGACUUUGAAGAAGCUAUUUUGCAUGAUGUCAUUGACCAAAAUCUACUGACUGACCCAAGUGACCUGCUGUUGGCCAGCUCCUACAUCAGUGAUGCUGAACUUGAUGCUUUUCUUAGUGGAAAGACUGAUGAUCUUAGCAAGGAUAGUACCUUGGAACCUGACUUAACAAGUAAUGUUGGCAAUAUGGAUGCUUCUGUUAGAACCUGCACUGACAUUUACAGUAAAGGUCCGUCCUCUGAGAAAUUUGGCAUGAUUGUGGCUAGCACAGAACUUCAUCCUGAACACCAGCUUUACAGAGUAGAAGGUAACACUCUCGCAGCCCAAUCACAAAGUACAGCCAGUUCAGACAUGCCUCCUCAUUUGUCUGGAACAGAAAGACAUCUUCCAGAUGCUAAUGUGGUAUUACCCGUAGGAGGUGCCAGACCCAAACAGCUCUUUCAUCAACCACCUGAAAAGUUGACAAGCAAGGGCUCAGAGGAGGAAAUGGCAGAGCAACCAAUCACUGAUUCAAGUCCCGUAAACUUGCCAUAUUUGCCAGAAGCAGAGACUGCAAAUAGCAAUAGUUCAGGCGUUUUGAAAAAGCCAACAAAUCUGACUUUAAAUGACAACUCAAUAUUAAACAUCAACAGAAAAAUGGGCAGGUUGGAAGAAGACACAAAUCCAUAUCCUACCCUGGGACAGUGUGAGCCUACAUGGAUUCCUGAUUCAGAGGCUCCUAGCUGCAUGUAUUGCAAAGUUAAAUUCACAUUUACAAAACGAAGACAUCAUUGUCGAGCUUGUGGAAAGGUAAGUUUGACUAAGCAUGUUCUUUUUUUAGUCCUCUUACCACACAUACAGAGUUAAUUACUAAAGUGAGAAUUACUGGAAAGUUAACAUUUAAAUUGGAAAUGACAUGCAAAUUUCAUUGCACAGAAUUUAAUUUAUUGGCUGAGAGUGGUCAGGUGGAAGCCUCAAAGCCAGCGGGACCCAUUACCAGAGAAACCUGGCUGAGGUACUCGUCACUUCAUGACCUGUACAGCAGACUUGGAGUAAUCAUUUAAGGCCAAAAUGUCCAAACUAUAAACAGAAUUGACUUGGAUAAUUGUCUAAAUUUGCUAUUUUGAAAUUCAUUUUUAAUUCCUGGAAUUCUCACUCUCGUAGACAACUCUGAAGGUUACCAAUUAAUCUAAACCAACACAUUUAUUUAAUCUGUGCCUGCUCUGUACAAAUUACAGGUAAAACUCUGAAAAUAGGUAUCCCGUCAACCCCCCCCUUUUUUUUUUUUUUUUUUCCCCCUCCAAUUUUUAAUUAUUCAUAGUAAAUAAGGGUAGUUAUAUAUUGGGGGGAAAAAAAGAAAAAAAAAUAUUAAUUACAUGCAAUUCUCAAGUUGGAUUGUGUCCUUGAUUUCUCUAGGGUCUUAAACAAAAGUAAGAAGAAAUAUUUAAAAAAAAAUAAAAAAUCAGAGCAUGUAUUUUUUUUAACCAAAUAUGUGUUUUGGGUUGUAUUCAUUGGCAUUUCCCCUGUCUUCCAUUUCUGUCUAGGUUUUCUGUGCUGUGUGUUGCAGUCAGAGAUGUAAAUUGCAAUACAUGGAAAAAGAGGCAAGAGUGUGCGUGGUUUGCUAUUACAUUAUAACAAAAGGUAGGAUGCUCACUUCCUUUCAAUAUGUUGCAUGAAGUCCACCAUUCAUAACUUUGAGCACUCUGUCCUAUUGAGUAGAGCACAACUAAAUAAACGGUAAACCAUUGUUCACUCUCUCAGAGCAAGUACUGCGGCUGUCUGAUGUGGCUAUGGAAUAUGGGAAUUUUCUGCCAACUGUUGCCAGUGCACUUAUACUUCUUGAAAAUUAAAGGGACACUCCAGACACCUGGACAACUUGUAUGCACAUUCAAACUUAAUGUGAGAUAAGUCGUAUUGAGGCACUCUGAGCAUCAUAGCCACUAUAGUUUUAGAUUGUAUGGAACAAAGUCUGUGAGGGACCUCUCCCCGUUUUGAGCAGUUUGUCAAAACGUGGGACUUAACUGUGCUCACAGCAGAGUCCCACUGCUGAUUGAAUAAUGCAGAGGCAGGCUUCCACAUUGGCAUUCCUUCUAGUAGGUAUCUCUGACUUACUGAAAGUGGGUUGGUUAGUGGGGGUUACCUGAAGGAUGUGAAAUGUAAGUAGAGGUUUUUUAAUAUUCAUGCAUUGUAGUGUUGAAAGGGCUGGCACUGAAGUCAGCACUGAUCCUCCUGGCACUGCUCUGCAUUCAUAAAUGCCUGUAGGAAAUCACAUGCAGUCACUAUGUUACAUGUUUUUGCUCUGUUGAGAACGAUUGUCUGCCAGUUGAUUUUCUGGAUUCUUGUUGCUGCUAACAGAAAGAAGGAAGAUAGUGAAAUUCUGCAGGUUGGUAUUUAUUUUAUUAUUCAUAUGUUUUGUUAUGAAUUUUCUUCAGGAAUCUUAAAGAAUGGGGAGUCCAUUCCAGCUUGGAGUGUCCCUUUAAGCGUACACCUCACACCAGUUAUCUGAUCUACAUAUUUUUAUAUCAACCUCUUUGGCUUUUCUAAUGUUGAACUAUCCCAAUUUUAAUCAUUAUCUUCUAAUAGAGACAAUUAAAGGGGGCAAGUUUCACAGAAAGGUUUGCAUUCACAUCUCAAAACAUGGUGAAUUCAGAAUUGAAAUUUGUAACCUAAUGCCAGCCAAGCCAAUCUAAUCUCAUGGCAUCAUAGAAACAUUCCCAUACACAAACUGUUAGUGAUCCUUGGAAUGUUUUAUAUAUAGAGAGAGAUUGCUAUAAUGCUCGCAAUAACAGCAUCAUUUUCAUAAUAUGACUUGCUUUAGACCACAUGGAGGUGUAUUCACUUACUGAUUUCCUAACUAAUCCGAUUCAGUAAGGAAAGGUAAUGGCCCUGGUACUAUACCACUCUACAAUACAAUCAAUCACUGAUUAUCAAUGUUUUUGCCUUUAUGUUUUUUUUUUUGUUUUUUUUUUAAACCAUGUUUUCCUAUACACACAUUUUUAGAUUUCUGUAGAACUUCCCCUUAAAGGGCACGAAACAAAUCAUCUGAUUUUAAUUGUAGUAUGAUUCCAAUUUAAUGUGAUUUUAAGCUUGUAUGUGUAGUAUAAUAUUGCAGUCAUAGUACUGAAUUUAGCUGGUAACAUCUAAGAUUUCACAUGGAAACUUAAGGGACUUAUUCCCAGGACCCCAUGUCAAACCUGUUUAUCCAUCAAAGCCCAUUCCACAAACAUUUAUUAAAGAACAACUGACAUGGAAAAUAAUUACACACUGAAAUCUUUAAGUGUUUUAUUUUGCAUUGCUUUAUGUGUAUUUAAAUAUUUCAAUAUUUUCCCUGCCUACGAAUCUCCCCACGUUCACCUUCCAUCUUUCGUCUCGUACCACUAAGAUCAGUUAUAUGAAUGAGUCAUUUGACCAAAGAAAACUGGAAGGUGGGAAGAGGGAGAGGCUUUCAGGAAGGCAGGGAAAUUAACAUAUUUCAGUAUACAUCAUUUAAAUGAAAUGGAACAUAAUAAAAAUAGCACUUGAAAAUUUCAAUAGUUAUUUUUUUAUUUUUUUUUCACCACUGUCCUUUAAACCAGGUGUGCUGGUUUGUACAUGUGGUUUCCUCCACCUCCCCCACCCCCAUUAAUCCUUUCCAAAUUAAUUGUCACAGAUUGAUUCUGUUUUCUUAUUUCAAAUUAAAUGAGCAUUCAAACGACCACCCAGCAUUUGUAAUUAUGAGUCUCUUAAGUGAGCAGAAACACAGGUGACUGAGGUCACCGUGACACUGAUUCUAAGAAUACCAACGAAGUGUGACCUGCCGAUAAUUCAAAGCAAAUUUCAAAUUAUAGGCCACACUGGAAGAAGUAUUCAUGUUGAGUAACUCACAAUUUACUUAUUAACUUACUAGUGUUGAAAUGGUCCUGCAAACCAUGUCCAUAGAAAUCUGCCUUUACUGUAAUAGUAAGCACAUACAAGUUAUUAAUAUGAACCCAUAUACUCAAUUCCAUUGCGUCUGUGGUCUCUUUUUAUUCCACUUUGCUUCCUCCAUUCCCCUUUUUUCUGUAAUUACACUAGUGUAAAAGCUAUGUGUCGCUUUGCCAGUAUAUUUUUUUCUCCUUUUAUUUUGUUCUCCUUCCUUUAGUACAGGCUUUUCAAAGGAUGAUGAGUCCAACUGCACUUAUCCCAAUUCCCAAUGCCCCCUCUGUAUCCUGUCCUACCAUCCCUCCUUUGAUGCAGGCACAGGGGGCAGAUUUAAUUAAUUCUUCUCCACCUAGUGUUUUGGUGUCUGGCUCAAUACUUAAACAACCAAGAGCUGAAGGUAAAUCCAGCGAACAUUCUAAGUGGCUAGAACAUACAAUUUUGGAUUCAGAAAUGUCUGAUUAUUCGUGCUACUUCAGUUGUUUAAGUAUUACUGUAUUUUCUGGCGUAUAAGAUGACUUUUUAACCCUGGAAAAUCUUCUCCAAAGUCGGGGGUCGUCUUAUACGCCGGGUAUAGGGUCUAUAUGGCUUCCGUGGGCGCCCUGCGCCCCCAUCGCCGACCCUUCUAAUGCUGCUAUAGAGAGUGCUCAGACGGCUGCCGCACUGCCUCUCUUCUCACCUCCCCUUCCCUGUGCAGAGUGGGUGGCCGAGCUCCUCUUCGUCCUGUCAGUCCGGCCGGGUACCGCGCGGUACAGGAGAUUCAGUUACCUGUUCGUCUGAGUGACUGAACAGGUAACUGAAGUGCACACUGACAGGACGAAGAGGAGCUCGGCCACCCACUCUGCACAGGGAAGGGGAGGUGAGAAGAAGUAGGGAGGGGGGGGAGUAAAAAGAAUGGGGGGGGGGAGUAAAAAGAAUAUAUCGCAAUUAGCCUCCUGUGUGCUAGACCAGCAGGCAUGGAUUAUAUGCCCAAACAGCCUGGCACAUACCUGGGCUUUAAAUGCUAUUUCAGAUUAUGAUUAUUUAAUGUCUUGCUGUGUAGCUCUGUCUGCUCACUGUACAUCAUGGCUAAUUUUUAUUUGGUGUGCAUUGGAAGAGGGAUAUUCUUAUACGGCGAGUAUAUCCCAAACUCUAUAUUUUAACUGGAAAAGUUGGGGGUCGUCUUAUACGCCGGAAAAUACGGUAAUUUUUCCCAAGUAUAUCUAAAGGAACACACAAUCGUUUUUUUUGUCUUUGUGUUUACAGUUAUUUGUCCAUCAUUUUUAAAUGGGGGGGAAAACUGCAAUUAAUGCAGAUGCCACAAUCCAUUUGUCCAAUGCAUUUCAAUGGUAAACAUUUCACACACCCCCAGCGUCUAGCAUUUGCAUACAUUGCAUGCUGAUGCCUGAUGUAAAAUAUUGAAUUCAGGCGUCAGACUAGAAUACACUCAAUUGAUAUCCGUUUUAGUCUGAUGCCUCUUGUGGUUUGAUUCACAACCACUACAGAUAUUAGAAUUGGAAAAUUUAAACUGUGGCAUUUCUCAGAAUCUCAAGGGUUUCAAAGAUGCAGGGGUAACGUCAAGGUAAAGUGAUUUUUGUGCUUAUAUUGUCCUUUUUAAGCUUGAAAAGGAAUAAACUUCUGACGUGUUAAAUAGGUUGUUCCUGCCCCCAUAAGAUAGAAUAAUAGAGUCCAAAAAAGUGUAGAUUAUUCUGAAAAUUUCAAUAUUACACUUUAUAGUAAAGCUCCAAAUGUUGUCAUGAGCUGUGCCACACAGUGCUGCAGUGUAAGAGUAUGUGAUGAAAAUCUGAAAUUGUUUUAUUGUCUUGAUGCAUUUAGUCUAUCAAGUUACUUUAAAAAAAUUUAAUGGAAUACUAUAGGGUCAGGAACACAAACAUGUAUUCCUGACCCUAUAGUGUUAAAACCAUAUGGCCCCCCUUUGCCUCCAUAAAUAUAGUAAAAUCUUACUUAUAAUAGUCUGCAGCUGCUGCCUCUGCCCCUGUCUGCCUCUGACCUGUCUGCUGACAUCAUCAGAAAUGGUGGUCUGAGCCAAUCACAGUGCUUCCCCAUAGGCAGAUCAGGGGCAGAGCCCGCACAAUUCAAACACAGCCCUGGCCAAUCAGCAUCUCCUCAUAGAGAUUAAUUGAAUCAAUGCAUCUCUAUGAGUAAAGUUCAGUGUCUCCAUGCAGCGGGUGGAGACAAUGAAUGGCAGUGCUGCUCACUGUGCAGCACUGCCUCGGGAAGCACCUAAUUUGAGGAGUGGCCAGUGGAGUUAUCAUUAGGCUGUAAUGUAAACACUGCAUGCAUUUUUCUCUGAAAUGACAGUGUUCACAGCAAAAAGCCUGAAGCUAAUGAUUCUACUCAUCAGAACAAAUGCAAUAAGCUGUAGUUGUUCUGGUGACUAUAGUGUCCCUUUAAAUUCUGUACAGACCUUAAUAUGUCUUAAAACCUCUGCUGGGGUUGAUCAGCUGGAAAUGACAACAUGUUGACUAAUAUAUACACUUUUUUACCUCUCCUUCUUGACUUUAUCUAGGUUCUCUUAAAGUGUAUAGCUUUAUCCAACAUUAUCUGUAAGGUCAACAUACCUGGUUCAAUCUAGGCAGUGUAUACAGCAAUAUGGGGCAAACCUUAGCUGUGCUCCUACAACACAAAUUACACCAUAUGCAUUAUAUUAUACUAUACUACAAUCCGUUGGCAAGCAAUGUAAGAAAAGUGCCUUUAACAAUACAAAAAAGUAUCAGUCUCCCUGUGUAGGUAUGUUUUAUUUAUUUAUUUUAUAAUUGGUCACUAAUGGUUGCUCACUUUUAAUGUGAAAACAUUUCCCACAACCUACCACCUUCCUAAGGUUUCAAUAAUUUGUGUUUGUUAUUACUCUUACAGGCUUAUACCCGACUGGCAAGGAUGUAGCAUAUUGUACAGUUUAUUUUAUCAAGUAGCAUUUCUGGUGCUUAAUCUAUUCACACACUGGUGGGUGUUAUGGAAACAGCUGGAGUCCUGCUGAACAUCUGAUCCUGCUAUAAGACCAAACUAGAACUACUUUACAUAUUAAUAUAUCAUCAUUUUUUUUUUUUUUUAACUAGCCCUGAAUGCUGUGUUCAGGAUUCUGGGUAAUCAAGGUGUAGUUUGAGCCCAAAAAUGUGGAUCUAAUAAAAUGUUGCAUUUUUGCUAAAAAUGCUAGUGCUUGCGUAAGCAGUCAAAAUUAAUUACAGUUUCUCAAUCCCUACAGGAACUGGCCAGAAAGAGCAAAAAAGAGUUUGGUUUGCAGAUGGUCUCCUCCCCAAUGGUGAAGUUGCGGACACGAGUAAGCUUGCCAGUAUUGGCAAACGGCACUCACUAGAUGCCAGUCCAGUUACUCCUAUCUCACCUUACACACCGACGGUGAGCGUCGUGCCUUGAAUAUUAUCAUAUACCGAUGGGUUGAACCAUUUCAGACAGGGCCGGUACAAAGAUUUUUAGCUACACAGGCAAAGUAGCAUUUUGCUGUCUGUCUCCCUCCCCCCCUCCAAAAAAAAGAGACCACCUCAUUCCUGGUGGAAAGGAGCUGUAGAUGGGGACACAAGGGGUCUAGAAGGGGGUCAUGGACUGUUGUGGGGGAUAGGGUAGGUACAAGGGGGGACAAGUUCUGGGGGGAGGCUGUAGGGUGGGACACAUACAGGAACUGUAGUAGACUGGGGAAACAAGGGCUGCAGAGGGGGACGGACACAAGGGCUGCGGGGGGACGGACACAAGGCCUGCAGAGUGGGGGACACAAGGGCUGCAGGGGUGGGGGACACAAAUGCUGAGACAGGGCAAGGGCUGUAAAGAGGGGAACAGGCUAUAGAAGUGGGGUAGGGGCGUAAAAGGGGGAGCAUGGGCUGUGGUGGGGGACACAGGCUGUAGAAGGGAGGGCAUAGGGGCUGUAAAAGGGGCACAGGGGCUACAGAAGGGGCUAUUGAAAGGGGAAAAUGUGCUUGAGAGGGGUAUAGAAGUGUUGGGCAGGGGCUGUAGAUGGGAGCAUGGGCUAAGAAAUAAAAUCCCCCACCCCUGAGCCUGGAGCAGAAGCCUGCAGCCAGCACGAGCAGCCAGGGAAGUCGGACGGCCUCUCCUGAUGAUGUCAGGAGUGCAGUGGGGGGCGUGACUUUCACCGCUCUUCUCCCAGGACCGCUGGGAGUCUGUAGAAGAGCAGUGGAUGUCACGCCCCCUCCUCCUGACAUCAUCAGGAGAGGCCAGCCGACUUCCCAUCUGCUGUGUGAUAGCUGCAGGGAGAGUUAGGUAAAGUGAAAAAUCAGAGUCCCCAGCCACAGGCAGGGGUUCAGAUUUUUGCGCCCCUCUGCUCUGGCAGCCGCCUGUGCCGCCUUAUGGACGCUCCAGCCCCGAUAAUAGACCUAGAGUGAUGUGAUGCAUUUAGUUAUUUCAAGAAGUAACCAUUUGCAUCAAAGCUGCACAGCUGGGCACAACGUUUUAACUGUGGUGAAUUCAAUGACCCGACUUUGAUUGUUAUAAAAUAGGAUGGAGCCUUAAAGCCUUUCAACAGAACAGAAGGGUUAAAACUUACUUGGAUGGAAAAGAGACUGGAGACAGUCAUGAAAUCAACUUAGGUCAGGGCAGCAGAUGUCCACAGUGUCAGAAGAUUAAUUCUUUAUUUAAAAUUUGAUUUUUGCCUACAGACUGCCUCACCAUCACUGGAGAAAGUAAAAGUAUCUGAUGUACCUGCAACAGAGGCAUCUGCAGAAAUUGCGUCCGUGCAGGUGCCUUUGAAUAUAGCAGCAUCUACUGCCUUCCAAGUGUCCUCUGCUGCAGAUUACGCAAUGCUCUGCGGGAUCGAGAAGUGCGUGAGCAGAGAGGUGAACCUCCUGCCAGACGAUGACCAUGGUCUGCCACCUCUCCUGUUGGCAUCUGGAGAGGGUGGAGGUAAUUUUUCUAAUUAGAAUUUAUUGUGCAGGGUUAAGCAUGUAACAAACAUUGCCCAAACUGAAACAAGCAAUGAGUAUCAAACUGUUGUGCAAUACAACACCACAAAAAUAAACAUAAUUUUGGCUGAGGUCUUAUUCAGCAAUUCUUGCAUUUCUGCUUUGAAAUUUCUUUACAUUUUUCUAGUUUCAGAUCCUCUAGUGAAUGAAAAUUCCACUAAUACUGAGGUCAUGUUCCUUCUGGCAGACAGUGUACCUAAUCCUCUAACAUUCAUCCUCAAUGCAAACCUACUUGUGAAUGUUACGAUCACGUCUUGUAAGUAUCUUUAAACUACUCCCUCAUUCCUUUCUGUAAUGCUUCAAGGUAUUCCAUUCCUUAGAAGCACACAUUUAGAUACUUUAUAUUUUUUACAUUUUCUUGCACUGUUUUAACUCGCAUUUCAAGAAGGACCACCGCAAAGCACACUCUGGGCACCUGGACACCAUCAACGCACAGUACCUGUAAAGUGCUUGGUAAAAUAAACUUGCUUGAAUUUAAUGUAUUUGCUCAAAGAUGCUUCACUGAUCAACUGUAAUACCUCUAAACUCCAACAGUGAAUCUGUGUGUCUGGGUUGCAACUCAUUUACUGGUUGCAUCAUUCUAGCUGGGAAAAAUAAUCUAAUAAACGGAUCUGAAAAUGCUCGAAGCAGCAGUCUGCUAAUUUGCUCAAAUGGUUUUUUCAUUUUUCCCCCUAAUAAAUUAGAGAAUGCUUGCCACUAAUGGUGCAUGCUAUCAAUUAUAUGGCUCCUCAUACAAACUUAGCUUGUAUGAUGGAAUUUUCUGUUUUCAUUUAGAUGUAGAUAGAUCAAAUCUGUAAAGAAGCAUCUGUGUCUCUUUCCCAAUUAUGUUUUAACACAUGGAAAUGAGAAACUAUUUACGAAGCAGUGGUAUUGAUCACUCUGGCUAACCCGCUAAUGCUGUUUCUUUGUGCAUCUUUCACUAUCACACCAUCCCGGUCACAAACUCCUUGGUACAAUAUUUUUUUUUAAUAGUAUUGUAUCUAAUUGGUUGUGAAACCCACUUUUCUGGUGCUGGUUACCUAUCUUGAUGUGUGAAGAAAGGAAAAAAAAAUGAAUCUGCAACAUAAGUUUUGACUAAUCUAGACAUAUGUAAAUGCAUAUUUGAUUCCACAUUGAUUUUUAUUUUGUAUUUGUCCAGUCUGUAAAUACAUUGUGAACGCAGAUCAUUUAAUAACUGACAUGAUAGUGUACAGUGCUACAAGACCGCUUUAAAUAUGAAGUGCAUGCUGUUUUUACCUGUCAGGCUUUGUAUACUUUGUUAUAUCAUGAGAAGUCGUUCCUGUGCCUUAAUGCUUGCUUAAAGGUUUUCUUGUGUAUGGUUUUAAGUGGCUUUUUAAACAAAAAAAAAAUUGUUUAUCGAUUAGAUUCAUCAGAAAAAUGCUGGUUCUUUGCAUCCAAUGGAUUGCACAGCGUAGGACAGGCAGAAAUCAUUGUCCUAUUGACCUGCUUAGCUAAUGAAGACACUGUGCCAAAGGACAUCUUCAAACUUUAUAUAAACAUCUACAAGGAUGCACUGAAAGGUAAAGAGAAACCUAUUAAUGUUAAAAGAAAAUGCAAAGAUGAGCAUUUAUUAUCUCUUACAAUGAAAUAAAGUAUUUUAGUACACCCUUUGUCCAUCUGCAUUAGUUUAGUUUUUGUUGGUUCCGUGUUUAGACAAGGAUAGGGCCCCUGCACUCAGACCUCUUCAUUGAGAUGAGGUGGAUUGAGUAAAUGUAGUGUCCUUGGAAUAAUAAUGAACACAAGUACCCCGGGGUGUCACGGCUGCUAGUGUGUUCCAACACGGAGAAACUAUGUAAACAUAUACAUACAAAAGAAAAGCAAAAUAAAAGGACAGAGUGUAAACCGGACCUUAGAAUGGCCGGACUAAUACGCUAGAGAUAGAGAAUGGUCAAAGGGAAAGCCGAGGUCAAGGAAGCCAGAAAUACUCAAAUAAUGUUUAAACAAGCCAAGUCAGGGGAACCAGAAUUCGGAAUAACCAGGGAAAAGCCAAAAUCAGGAUACCAAGUCAGAUUCACAAAGAUAAACGCACUCUCUGGAUCAAGGAACAGGAAUCCACGACAAGGCAAGGAACUAGAGUGAAUUAGGGAUUUAAAUAUCCCUCUCUGGGUUCUGAUUGGUCAGAGGGUGACCUCUGACCCCAGAACGUGCGUUGACGUUGUGACGUCACCCGCACGUUUGUAUUACUGUGAGGGGCGGAGCUUAAGAUGGACGCGACCACGUGGUCCACGCCAUCUUUGAUUUGGGCGCGACGCCCAGAGAAAGCAGAGGAGCGGCUCCCGGCUCGCCGACGAGCAGGUAAGCUUGUGGUGUCAGCAAGACCGUGCCAGUCGGGCGCGGCAUGCGGCAGGUCGGGAGCCGCAACACGGGGUAAUGUUGAAAACUUGUGGCGACUAAAAUAAUUACAAAUACUAAUAAACAUAACUUGACCUUAUUUCAGUUUAGCUGAGUGUAUUUCUGUGUAUAUCUCAAAUUCACGAACUACAAAUAGACAUGUUUUAACCUCUUUUGUUUGUUUUUUUUGUUUUUGUUUUUCAGGAAAGUAUGUGGGCAAUCUGGAAAACAUGACAUUUACUGAAAGCUUUCUGGGUAGCAAAGAUCAUGGAGGAUUCCUGUUUUUCACGCCUACAUUUCAGGAUCUCAGUGGACUCCCUUUACCAAAUAACCCCUUCCUGUGUGGAGUUAUUAUACUGAAAACAGAGGUUCCUUGGGCCAAAGUGUUUCCUAUUCGUCUGAUGUUAAGGCUGGGAGCAGAAUCUGGUGGUGAGCCUCUCUCACUUCCUAUCUUCAUGCAUAUAUUUUUAUUUUAAUAAUUUGUUUGUGGAUCAAGUAAUAUUUGCUAUACUUUAUGCAUUUUUUUUGAAUUUAUUUUCUAUUACAUAUUUUUUAUAAAAUUGUAAUUUUAGAUCACGUUUACACAGCUAUUUUCACUUAUUUCGGUCCAUACUCUAGAUAUGAUUUGGAAUUAUUAUGAGCAUCAUUUUAGUUAUUAUUUUUUUUUGUAAUUCUUUAUUUUAGUUGUGCAAGUAAUGACAUUCCAUUAAAAAAAAAAGCUAAACCGACAUGUCUAUAACUGUAUUAGUAGUGAAUGAUUAAGUGAUUGGAGGUUAAUAGACGUGUGGAUGUGGUUCAGGCGUAAAGUAGUGAAAAGUAAACAGCAUCCAGCCUGGCUGAUCGCUGAUUGAUGUAAGAAUAUAGCUAGUGAGGAAACAGGUUGACCUGCCUGGAAGUAUAUGGUAUGUUCUGCAGGGCUGCUAAGUGCCCCUUGUUAGAUUACCCCCACCCUGGUGAAUGUAGCUUGUGAAUACUUUUAGUGAAUAUGGGAUCGGAUGGUGGGGGGUGGGAGGGAGGAGAUUGAUGAAACUCACUAGUGUCUGCAUGUGGGGGCCUGUUAAAGUCUGCAAUUGUAUGGGGAUUCUGCACAUAAAAAGAACAUUUCAAAUCAACAGUGUAAAUAAAAAUGAAUAACUGUAUAUAGCAUAGGGAACGACAGUCACGCUGCAAGAAUUGUUAUAGGUCAAUCAGGUGACCGCUAUGUUGGACGAGUGUCCUGGGGGUGGUCGAGGCUUGAAUACAGGGAUCGUUGAGGGAUCCAGGUUAGAUAGGUUCGUGCCCUUGACUCCAGCGAAUGAGGAACAUUUUUUUGAAUGUACUUGUUACCAUGUUUAGUAUCUCUCCAGAGAAAUUAUAUUAACAGGUGUCUUUUUAUUCUCUUCCCUUUUAUUGAUUUAUUUGUGUAUAUAUUUUGUUUUCGUAACCCUAUAGUAUAUCCUACUCCUGUGACAAGUCAAAGAAAUCGGAAGGCUGUAUUUGGCGAAAUAGGACAUACUAUAAUUAAUUUACUGACGGUAAUUAUUCCAGUUUCUUUUUAAAUCCAUAUCACUUUAGCACCUUGUGUAUUGUGUGUAAUUAUUCUUCUCUUUCUAAAAAAAAUUUUUUUUGUUAAAUUACUUUAAAACACUUGUAAAACACUUGGUGUUAUAUCGUGUGUAAAUUAAGGAAAAGGGAAAUACGUUAUCUUGUAAUGUAUGCAUGUAAGUAAAUACUUUUCAUUGAACUCCUGGUUUGUACUUGCUCCAUUGGAGCAGCUAUUUUUAUGUAAUAUUUGAUAAGAAGCAACAUGUAUCUGAUUGAAAACCAGCCGUUUGUGAAUGCUGAGAGAAUGGUUUUUCGAUACCUUGAUGUCUGCGAACAACUUCAGGAUCAUUGAAUCCGCACUAGCUCUCGAUUAGUUGCAUGGUCUUUGGUUAGAUACACGAAGCUUCCAAAAAGACGUUCUGGGAAAAUGUGUUUAUAUGUAAGCAUUACCCAAUGAUUUGCAUAGAGGCUAAAUUAAAUGUAGUGUUUUAAAAAAAAUAAAAAUAAAAUUACUUCAUCACUAUACUGAACUUGCGUGUUUUUCGUUGGAAAUGUUUAUAGCAUUAAGUAGACAUAAAGGUGCAUUAUCCUGGUAUAAGAAUCAUCACAAUUAGUGUGGAAACCAGUAAAAUCCAAAGGAUCAGUUAUAAUUCUACAUUUUGCGAACUUUGCAACGCUUUUUAAAAAUCUCUUCACCCCCCCAUAUCUCAAAUAACCCUAUUAUAGUUUAUUAUUUGACUUUUGUUCAGAAAGGUUUUUGCUUCGAAUGAUCACAUUUUGUAUUUUACCAUUAUUUUCUACCCUUCUCCUACUUACAGUAGUUAAGCCAGAAAACUUUUAUUAACCUCAAAAUAAUGAAUUACAAAAUGCUUUCAUCCACAAAUAUGUACUUUUAAGUGUAUUGUAGGCCUUGUAUUUAAUUGAGCAAUGUUCUUCCGCACUUUGCAGGACCUUAGGAAUUACCAAUACACCAUACCACACGUUGAUGGCCUAGUGAUUCAUAUGGAAAUGGGCAAGACUUGCAUAAAGAUCCCGUCAAAGAGACAUAACGAAGUAAGACUAUCGCAUGUUAGAUGUUAAUUCAGCCUUUGAAACACAGUAGUGUUCUAAUUACUGGAAUAAAUUACAUCAUAACUUUAUUUUUUAACUAGGCUAUGGCAAAAUAGUCAACAAUUUAAAGCACCACUGUAAAUUUUUGAUGUGUAUAAAAAUAAAAAAAUUUUUUUAAUGAAAAAUGUUUUUGCUGCCUUCAUAUCUGUUAAAUUCAAGUGCAAUCAAAAGAUUAGACAAAAGAAUGGCCGUGUCUCAGAUUGUUCUUGGCGGAAUGAUGUUCUGUCUGUUGUAUCUUGCCAUUUCCCAUAAGCCAACACUUUCAAUGAUAAAUUGCACCAGGCAAAUUCUGAGUCGAUUCACAUUAGAUACCUAUGGCAUUAUUGCGCAUGCAUGUGAGCUAUGGAAGGUUUUUUAUGGGUUUUUUUUUGGGGGGGGGUGGGGUUCUGUUUUUCUCAUUGAAAGAUUUUUUUUUUUUAUUAUUAUUAUUAUUAUUAAAGUGAUACAUCAAGCUCACCUUACAUUAGAGGCAAUGCAGAUACAAUGCACUGGGCUACUUGAUCAUUCACAUUCUGUGAUGGACGAAAAAUGCUGCUCAGUGCUGAGCCAUAUAUCCCAUAAGCGGCUGAUCACAUCCUAUUGAGAAUAAUGAGCAGGCUAGACAUGGCAGACAAGCUAUCUCCCAAUUCUUAGUAUUUGGUCAGAUAUAUUGUUGCACAUGUCAUAGCUGUUCUAAUGUUGGACUUGACAUUUUAUAUAUUGAGGAAAUAUGUUUGUAUUGAAUCUAUGGCAUUUAUCAUACAGAGGUGCUUAGUUCAUAAUAGUAAUUAUUUAGGUCAAAUAAAAUUCUAAGUCAUUCUUCAUUACAUGGAACCCAUGAAAAAAAAAAAAAAAAACUUCAAACACAAAACCAUUUUAUUGUUAUUCUAUUUCUAGAUACUUAAAGUUAUCCAUGCAUCAAAUGAACACGUCAUAAGUAUUGGUGCUAGCUUCAGUCUUGAAGCGGAUUCUCACUUGGUCUGUGUGCAGAACAGUGAUGGGGUAUAUCAAACGCAAGCAAACUGUGCCGCCGGGAAGACCAGGAAAGGUGAGUCACAGGACCUUGAAAUGCUACGGUUAAUGUAUACAUGUUCUCAAUAAUUCCAUAAAUCAGCAAUUGGAGAAAAUAAUAAAAUUUUAUGUGCCUUAAAUCGUUUUAGAAAUCAGUUUAUUCUCUAAUGCCAUACUUUGUGCUGGCUUACCCUUAAAAUUAAAGUCCUCUGUGAAUUUAGAGGUUCUGUGGAGCUCAUGCAGCCAGUGCUGUUACUGAGAAGUUCCCAUACUGCGCUAGUGUUCUCCAAGGUUGUAGAGAAUGACCUACCUGUACCCAGAAAAUGUGAUUUUCUGUUUCAUCCCCUAGUUACCGGAGCAAGCUUUGUUGUUUUCAAUGGAGCCCUGAAGACUUCUUCUGGAUUUCUUGCAAAAUCCAGUAUUGUUGAAGGUAAGACUGUUUAAACAAUUGUAUUUGUAUGUGCACACUUUGUAUAACUAACGGGAGUUGCAAGAAAUUUUCAUCUUAAAGAAAGAGAGAAAAUAUGUGUGUAUGUAUAUGUGUGUGUAUAUAUGUGUGUAUGUAUGUGUAUAUAUAUAAUGCAUGAUUGCUCUGGCAUUUUGCUUUUAAUGUGAUUUUAGUGCUGGAACAAUAGACCAUGGUGUGCCAAGCUUGUAGAAUGUAUCACCGUGUGAGGUACCAACCUUGUGCCACUAUCUGUCCUACCAUUGCCAGCUGAAGAUCAUUUUAUGGGAAUUGUAGCUCUGUUUAUUGCCUGGUCUAUACACUUUGCUGAAAGUUUGCUUUAGAACAAAAUAAAUGAAAAAAUGUCUUGUUUUGUCCAACUUGAAUUACAAAAAAUGAAAAACUUAGAGCAUUGCGCUUCAGUUGUGUUUUUUGUUUACAUUUUUUGGGGAGGGGGGUCCAGGGUGUUGGAUCACGAUCAGGCAGGGCAAACCGUUCCAGUUAGAAGCUGGGCCCACAGGCUUUUACCGGCUGCUAGUGUGCUGCAGUCUUCCCAUGGUACAAGUAUCUGCUGAUUGUAAUGUUUCCAAGCAGCCACAGUGCACUGGGAACUAUGGACAAAUAGACAUCUCUGGAUUCAUAAUGAACAUUGUAGACUAUUUUAAAAUCUACAGUGGGAAUAGUAAGCGUGUUGUAAAAUGUGCCAACUGAGCAAAAAGCUGCUGUAUUACAAUUACAAUAGCUGUCACACCUAGCCAUUUAAAGUGGCACUUUAUGAAGAACUUAUGUAGAAACUUCAAUGCAAUCAAACUGUAAUGUAAAGUAGGGUAAAGUCUACAUUAUCUUUUGGAGAAGCCGAUUUAUUUUUUACUGUAAUGAACGUUGGAACUUCAGACAUUUUCUGCCUUUCGCAUCCUACCAUUUGCCAUCAGUUGUCAUUUGGGAUGUCUGCUAUCCCAUUGUACAUAUAGGAGGAUAUCUAUUGAGGACCAUACAGAUUAAUCUACAGACAUCCAUUUAGCACUAUAACUUCCAGUUCAAAUACAUCUUUAAUUCCUGAUAGAUGAUCAUAUUCCCAUAACCCUUAUAUGUCCCCAUGCGAUUUUACAUGACCAUCUGAAGGGUCUGUUUAAAGACACAUACACCCAACAAAUGACUGUGCUACUUUAAUUUUGCCUACCCAACAUCUCCAGCUCUUUGUCAGGUUUCAGCAACAUUCCCAUUGCAUAGGUCACCAGGUUUGCCCCCAGCUUUAACACAUUUCCAGUAAGUUACAGGGGCCAUGGUAGGAAUAACAUUAAGCACCUUCAGUUAUCCAGUGCAGUUUGUAUCAAGCGUGUCCUGGUAGAUGGCAAGAACUGUGAGGAGUACGGAUUGUAAACUGCAAGAAAAGGGCUGCAGACAAGCCUGGUCUGAGUUAUCAAUGUGUUUGUGGGAUUGUCCUGUUCUGUUACUUCCCUGUCUCUACAUAUCUUUGCAUAAUUUGGUUGAAAACCGUAAGAUCUGCCAGUGUUUCAGGAUGGAGGCAGUGAUUUUUGUUUUGUAUCACAAUGUGAAAGCCUUGGUAACAGUAACUGAUUUCUGAUUUAAAAAAAAAAAACAAAACAAAAAAAACUGCAGAGACCAUGUGAUGUUGACAGCCGUUCAGUCUGUGAUUUGCAGAUUAGCUCCCAGCAUUCCACUGUACUGAAAAUGUUGGUUUAUAAAUCACUUUAAAAUGCAUGUUUUUGGUUGGAGUAUAAACUCUAAUGACAGUACCCUUUUGCUGAGGAAAAAUAGGAAUGGAUUUGGCUAAUUUUCAAGUUUACAUUUAUUUUCUUACAUGCUCAAAAUUCAAUGCAUUUAUUAGAUGGAUUGAUGGUUCAAAUAACGCAGGACACUAUGGAAGCUUUGCGACAAGCUCUGAGAGACCAGAAGGAUUUCCAAAUAGCAUGUGGAAAAAUCGAUUGUGGAGACUUGACAGAAGAGGUGGUUAUUUGUUGGGCAGACACAGACGAUAAACAAAACAAAGGGUAAUAAUGAACACUUAUUGCAUACCUCAUGACGUAGCUAAUCAGAAACUGUCUCUCUAAAGUUGCUAUAACAGAUCUGUGAAAAAAAUGUAUAGAAAUCUUAACUUUAGAUUACAUAGUAGCAGCUAUGUGUGCUCUGGCUUCCAUUCUAUGAUCCUGCUUCGAGUAUGUCUCCGUCUAUAUCUUUGCUAAUGUCUCUUAAUUAAAUUUUCGUAUAUAUUUAAAUGUCUGUUAACUACUUGGCUUCUAAUAACCGGUUUAGGGGAAACAUCAGAAUGUCGGUGAUCAGCAAUACAAAAGCUAUCAGACAUGCUAGCUCUGAAACGUUGGUUUCUAACAGACAUUAAAGGCAUAAAUUGCCAUGACAUAAAAACAAAGCUGAAAACGUAAACACUUAACAGCAAGCAGAAGUAGAGUUUAAUCGUUCAUUACACAGCUCACUACAUUGUUUUUUUUUUCUAAAUUUGUAGAGUCAUAAGUCCGAUUGAUGGACAACCAAUGGAAGGCAUUCCCAGUGAAAGGAUAUGUCAGGAAACAGACUUCGAAGCCCACAAUAAAAUUGUCAAAUGCACAGAGGUAACAUUUAUCAAUUUAAAUUGAUGCAUAAGAUUGUAUUUGCAUUGUUGGACUACAAGUAUAAAAGUUAAAAUAUAUAUAUACUGGCAUAGUAGAAGUUGUGUUUAAACCAAGUUUUGCAUAGUAUUUGAUAAGAAGUAACAGUAUUUUUCAUUUAAAGAGAUCGUCUAAACUUUAAAACCACUUUGUCUUAAUGAAAUGAUUGGGUUCAUAGAUGAUUAUUUUAUAUAUUUAUUUUUAUUAUGCUGCUUUUUAUAAUGUAUUUUAUAUUCAUUGCCUUAAGUAGAAAAGUAUAUUUUAUGUUUGUGAAUUGUAUUUUAUUGUUAUCACUUUCUUUGUUAAUCGUCUGAAUGUCUCCUGUACCCACUUUUUUCUUCAAUCUAGGUCUUCUAUCUACUAAGGGAGCGUGAAUCGACCAGUGUGGUGGCACAUUCACAGUUUGCGAAGGAAGUAGCCACUGCGUGUGGUGCUGCCCUCUGCCCGCACAUUAAGACCUUGAAGAACACUGGGAUGUAUAAGAUAGGCCUGAGAGUUUCCAUGGAUAUCGAUAUGGUAAUUUAUAUGACCUGCAAAACAAACAGGCUUCCGUCUAGCAGUGACAGGAGGAAAUAACUUUUUUUUUUUUUUAUCUUAAACGGACACUAUAGUCACCAGAACAACCACAGUUUAAUAUAGUUGUUCUGUUGUCUACAGCAUGUCCCUGUAGCCUUUUUGCUGUAAACACAGCAGAGAAAAUGCACUGUUUACAUUGCUGCCCUGGGACACCUCCAGUGGCAGUCAAUCAGACGGCCACUAGAGGUGCUUCAUGGAUCAGUGUGCACGACCAUGAGCCACUGAACAUUCUUCAUAGAGAUGCAGUGAUUGAAUGCAUCUCUAUGAGGAGAUGUUGAUUGUGCAGAGGUGGAAAGCAUGGAGAUUGAGAUCAUCAGAAUUGACAGCCAAGGAGGCGAAUUGGGGGCGAAGCAGCGCUGGAAUAAAGGAGAGUAAACUACUUACUUAAGGGGGCAAAAUAGUGUUUUUAACACGAUAAGGUCAGGAAUACAUGUUUGUAUUUCUAACCUAUAGUGCUUAUCUAAGCUUGUUUAUGCAAUGUUUAACUCCUCUUUACUCCUCCUCUCACUUGGAAAAGAGCAGGGAUUUCUUUAAAAGUAGGUUUGUCAUUUUGAAAAAAAGACCCAUGGUGAAACGCUCCCUUGUUUGUACAGUGGCCCAGGAGAAAAGCAAACAGGCACUUUAUCUCAAAUUCUUCCUCGUGGGUGCUAGCAUAUUCUGUAUGGAGACCUGCUGAUGCUUCGUCCUUGUGACUGUUGUACUUUUGCACAUUAUAUUUGUAGCCAGUGAGAUGUCUUUUUCCUCAGACAUCUACUGCAACGGCUGCUGGGAAUUUACCAAAAUUAGUGGUAGCAGCUUCUUGUUUUAACCUUGGCUCUGCCCAUAAAACAGAGUUGUCCUUACUUUGUUUUAUGAUAUAUUUAAACUGUCAAUCAAUAUGAGCAUUUAUUUUUCUGAAAUACCAAAAACGGAUAGUGUUACUGUAUAGGUGUUCUAGAAUGCAGUAUUUUAGCAGAGGUUUAAAAGUAGAAGUAAAGUGGAGACUGCUAUAGCUAUAUGUCUUCCUGGAACGAAGCAACUAUAUGAACGGGCCAUACCAUUGUACAGCGCUACGGAAUCUGAUGGCGCUAUCUAAAUAAUAAAGUAAUAUAUUAUUGGUCUAUAUAUGUACAGGUGUGGCCAAAAGGUUUUGUAGCACUACAGCUCCCAUUAAAGGGAUCAUAUAGGCACCAAACAACUUUAGCUUUAUGAAGCAAUUUUGGUGUAUAGCAGUCUCUCUGCUCAAUUCUCUGCCAUUUAGGAGUUAAAACAAUUUGUUUAAGCAGUCCUAGUCACACCUCCCUGCAUGUGACUUGCACAGCUUUACUAAACACUUCCUGAAAAGGAACCUUGAUAAUGUAGGUUCAUUUAAGCAAUAUUUAUUUUUAUUGUAUUAUUAUGAGGACAUAUACGGUUAGAGAAUCAUAUGUGAUACAUACAUUUAAACACAAUCUUUAGCAUAUGUGCGAGAGUAUGAUAAGCUAGCCAUAAUGCUUUUUACAACAUACAGAAUUAAUAGCAUGUUGUAUUUUGUUAUAAAAUAUAAUCAUCUCUCCUCAAAGCUCAGUCAAAUGCAGGGUAGCGGGGGAGAGGGCUUGCUACUGUAGGAGAAGCAGAACAGGUAAGAUUAGGCCAUGACUGCCCAUCGAAUAUAAUGCAUGCCCAUUUGAACAACAAUAAUAUAAAUGAAAACCAUUCUAACUAAAAAGUGAAAACAAACUUUGGGUAAGAAAAGCAGCUUAAAAUAGGUUCUGGAGCCAUCAAGCUCGGGUAACUGCUUAAGUUUGUUUCUCUGUUGAAGUAGGGUAUUUUUUUGCAAGGUAGAAUGGCUGGACAUCCCGAUGUGUCCUGCUGAGACUGCGGCUGCACAGUGAGGAGGCAGUAGUAAGACAAAAAAGUCCCAAGCAGUGACAAAGGCAUUUGCUCCUGAAAUAACAGAGAUCUGGAGUUGUUUGCUGCAAUGAGGGACAUUUAGCCUGCAUUCGGGUCCCCGUCUGUAGACAAUGAUGGUUUCCCUGAACCCCUUAAGGACCAAACUUCUGGAAUAAAAGGGAAUCAUGACAUGUCACACGUCAUGUUUCCUUAAGGGGUUAAAAGCUUGGUAAUGGGUCUCAGCGUUUGCCUCCAGACAAUAGUAGAUCGUGAGACGUUUCGAUAGAAGGAAAGUCCUCAAAUACAGAGGCCCAAGCUGCGGCCAUCACAGUGGCCUUGUAUGCCUCUGCAUGGAACAGCAUUAAGAGGUCUCGAGGAAUAUCCUUUGGUGCCCUGGGAGACCUGGCCACUUGGAAGUGGGUUUCCACUACUAUUCCUUUGGCCCCAGCAGAGGUCAAUAAGGAAGUCCAAAGCCAAUGCGUUUGUGUUAAUUUUUUAUAUGGGUACACCAUGGUUUCAAAGCCUGUACUGCAUAGUGAACCAUGUUCCAAUGCACACUGGAUGUAAUGUUAGUAAACCAUUCACUCAUGAGGAUGUUCUGCGCUAUAAGGAAAUGCCAGUGGUUGUUCCCUAUGCAUGAUUAAAGUGACAUCCAACAUUUGUUUUGAAUGGUGAGUCUCCUCUACACUCCAAUGAAUUAGUCAGUUUUCACUGCCCUUGGUGUAUAGCCUAUAUCUUUGUUUUGGUCUCCUGUAAUUCACAGUUUGACUGACAUUGUAGGAGUAUAAUCUCAGAGCAGCAUAGGGAUAUACAAAUUCUAGAUUGCCUGAGAUUAGUGGGAGAUUUGGAGACCUAAAAGUACCAUUCUUUGUCCCAGCUUCUCUACCCUCCCAAUAUUGAUUGUGACCUUGCAGUGUAAUUUUCAGGGGGUUUUGACAGAUCUGGAUAAGUAUAACUUAAAGAGGAACAUUACCUUUUGGACUUCUGAAGACAUCAUGAUGAAUCCUAAUAUAGAAGAUUAAUAGUUUUAAAUGACUUAGUGAAGUAGUGAACCUUGUCAUAUUUACAUUUGUACUUGAUGGAUCCAUAUAGUGGAUGUAUCCCAUGACUGUUUUAUAGAAUACAUAUUUUUCUCUUGUGAUUUCUUCCCUACCUAGGUGGAAUAUCGUGCUGGCUCAGGUGGUCAACUUCUCCCUCAGGUUUACUUGAACGACCUUGACAGUGCCCUCAUCCCAGUCAUUCACAACAGAACAUCCGAUACCAGUAUUUUGCCUCUGGUGAUGGAACUGAUAUUCUACUUGAUUGAAAGUCUGAAAUAGGCUUCAUUCUUAUAAUAACAAGUGGUUAAGUCUGUAAUGUUUGUAUUCCAGUUACAUCUUUAUUACUGAUAAACUCCUACAACAGCUAAACAAUCAAUGGGGCACCAAUAUCAGAACCAAAUAUUGCCUUAUCUAAAAAUAAAAACAUGUAAUGGAUCAGUAAGUUAAGAAAAAAAAAUUCGCAGUGGUGACUUUAGGAGAACUUAAAAAAAAAAAAAAAAAGCACCAUUCUUGACUUUUAGAUACAUUUUAAAAUAAUAUCCCCAUUGCAAUUUGUUAGUGACGUUUUUGAUAUAAACAUCCAGAAAUUGACUAGAUGUGAUAUAUAAUUUGAAUCCAAUGCAACACUAAUUUUAUUACUGCAUAUAAUACAUUACAGUAGGACCUAAACGGCUGAUAAUCGCAAUGAUCAUAGGAAUGGCACACAUUUAACAGCAUAAUAUACCAUCCCCCAGUCUAUGUAUAUUUUCAUAAUGACAGUCUCCUGGUACCGUUAUCGCUCUUAGUACCAGAGCUCUUCCCAUUUCAUUGCUUUGUAAAUGCUGACCAGAACUAAGGCACGCAAAGAGUUUGAAUAAAAUCUUUAUAUUUAGGCAACUCCUUACAAUGAAAGUGCAACUUAAAAGCCCUACUAUUUAAAAUGUUUAACCCAUUUAAAGCAACUCUUACACACUCAAGUUGUAAGUGCUUCCUGUGAUUUAUAAUUAUUAAAGAUAUAAAUACGGAUAUUUAUUUAUAGCUGCAUCUGUACAUGUAUUGCGUUUUUUGAUUUUUGGCUAUAAGGAUUUUCAUUUGAUUUGCAGUUCUGAUCGCCACUUUAUAUAUAUAUCGCUAUUUAUGUGCAAUCUAACUGUACUAUUAUUCAAAUCAAAUGUCUGGACAGGAUUAUAUAUAUUAUAUUCCUUCAAACCCACAGAAAAACAGAUCUCUGAGCCAAAGGGUGCAUUUUAAUAACUUUAUAUGCAAAACACAAUACAUCUGUUUGUUUGGAAUAGAUGACUGUGUUACUUUAUAUUUAUAAUUGUGUAAGCAAUAAUUUAGAAAAGGGCAUCUAUUUUUGUAUUAGAUUUAAAUAUUAUGUAUUCUGCUCAUCAUGUCUAGGUUGGAUAUAUCCAUAUGUAAAAAUAAAAUUAAAGUGAUUGAUUUCUGAGUACUUUUAUAUGCUUUUCUGAGACAGCUGUAUGAAUAGACUGUCAUGUAUAUAUUGUGCUUGAUUUUUGGUUAUGAAAAUACUGAGUAGGACACACAUUUUCACGUGUAAUCAUUUGUCAGAGGGGAACCUAGAAGAAUUGUUUUAGUUCCAGAUUGUCCAGUGUUCCGUGUCAAGCACAGUUGUAGCACACUUUGUUUAUUCAAAAAGCUGUUUUUGAGAUUUGUAGAAUUUUAUAUAUGUAAUAAUUGGUUUUCAAAUGUAUUUUCUCUGUAGCUGGAACAGUAAGUAACAGAACACUAAAGGGCCUAUUCAGUAGGUCUGCAAGUUAGGUUAUUUCAACUGUGCAUGCACUUCCAUUAGGUUAAUUGUUCUAAUCUGCCAAAUCUAUUUCAUUAUUGGCCACUAAGGUGAGAAUUGUUAUACGAGAGGCGCCAAACUUGAAGAAAAUGUCCGUGUCAGCUAUGCUUUAAAGGGAUACUGCAUGCACCCAGGCCACUUCUGCUCAUUGGAGUGGUCUGGGUG